AUGAUCGAAAUGUUCAAAAAAAAGCAUAAAUCGGAACAGGAAACCCCAGCCACUAUUCAAGGCAAUGAAACAAAUAAGCCUGAUAACACUGCAUGCAAUUAUGCUCAGUUGAUUAAAAUACCGAAUGCAAAACAAGUGUUAUUGUCCACCGCGGUCGUUAAGGUUGUGAUAAAAGAGAGUAGUGCUACUACAAAAACUAGAGUAGUGUUCGAUGCCUCCAGUAAAGAUUCAAAGAGGAAAUCUACAAUUCUUUGGCGUGAAGAUCUUAGUGAUGAGGUAGAAGCAUUUGAAUUGGUCACGGUAACAUACGGUACAAAACAAGCAUCAUUUUUAGCCGUCAGAUGUUUACAGCAAUUAGCUGAGAUGGAAGAAGCAAACUUUCCGGUGGCCGCAGAGGUAAUACGUAGAGAUUUUUAUAUGGAUGACCUCCUCACAGGCGCAAAUACAGUACGUGAGUUGACUCAAUUAAAAAAGAAGAUAACAGAAUUAUUAUUAAAAGGGGGCUUCGAGCUACAUAAAUGGAUUACCAAUGUGCUGAAUAUUUCCGAUAAUAUACAAAUGCCUAACAUAUCGAUAGAUAUUGAUAAAGAACCGCAAUCUAAGUUAUUAGGAAUAUUAUGGAAUCCGUACAAAGAUACAUUUCAUUAUGAAACUACCAUGAGCUGGGACGAUGGUCGUGUAACAAAGAGGGCUAUGCUAUCUCAAAAUGUACAAUGGGAUGAAUCGGUACCGAUGGAUAUUCAUAAAGCUUGGCUUAUAAUAAAAUCACAAUUAAAACUGUUAAAUACAAUGGAAAUACCAAGAUUAAUAUUAUCUGACAGUCCUGAUUUGCAAAUACAAGCCCACGGGUUUUGUGAUGCGAGUGAAAAAACAUAUGGAGCAUGUAUAUUUUUGCGUGGAAAAGAUCAUAAGAAUAUAACCGUCUCUUUGAUAUGCUCAAAAUCGCGUGUAGCACCAUUAAAAGCGUUGUCGUUACCAUGGUUGGAAUUAUGCGGUGCCACCCUUUUGAUAAAUUUGAUGAACCGCGUACUAACCAGCUUGAACGUGCAGCAACACGUAAGUUCAAAAAAAAACCCCGCGGAUUUGAUUUCUAGAGGAACUACACCCGAGCAUUUAAAACACUCAUCAUUGUGGUGGGAAGGACCUCAUUGGUUAAAAAUGAAUGAAAAUACAUGGCCAAUAGAAGGUGAAGAGUUACAAAUAGAAAAUGUGCCCGAAAAACGGGAACAUACGCAUCUUGAGAGUUAUAAUACGAAAUGCGACGCGAAAAAACGUAAAAUAGGACCCGUAUCUGCAUCAGAGAUAGAUGAUGCAAUGAAAGUGAUAGUUAAAAUAGCACAAAGCGAAGAAUUCAAAGACGAGAUAAAGUCGAUAAAGAGUGACGGAAGAGUUCUACGAAAAUCUAGUCUAAUUGCACUCAAUCCCUUCUUGGAUCAACAAGAAAUACUAAAAUGUCGUAAAGCUCACCCUACGCCUAGCCAUCAAAUUAUGGGCCAAUUACCACCAGCGAGAGUCAACGUGGCUCGACCAUUUUGGAAUGCAGGAGUGGACUACUGCGGCCCUUUCUAUGUACGAGAUAGAGUGCGCCGAAAUAGCAAGCAGUACAAAUCGUAUGUAGCUAUAUUUGUUUGCAUGGCUACAAAGGCGGUACAUAUUGAAGUGGUCGAAGACUUAUCGACAGAAUCAUUUAUCGCUGCCUUAAAAAGAUUUAUCUCACGUAGAGGAAGAGUAAAAAACUUAUAUUCGGACAAUGGAAGAAAUUUUGUUGGAGCUGAUAGAGAAUUACAGGCAUUACUUCAUAAUGAAGAAUUUAAAGAAAGCGUUCUAGAAUCAACAGCUGUGAAGCGAGUCAUUUUGGUGCGUUCCAUGAAACUACAUUUGAAGCGCACUGUGGGAAAUGCCUGUCUUACCGUAGCGGAAAUGACGACGGUAUUAACUCAAGUAGAAGCUAUAUUAAACUCCAGACCUUUAACCCCUAUAUUGGACGAUCCAGCAGAUCUGAGAGCAUUAACCCCAGGACAUUUUUUGAUUGGCGAAAACCUGAUGGCGUAUUCUGAAUCAAACCUACAAGAUAUACCGCUGAACAAACUAUCAAGAUGGCAACAUAUGGAACAAAUAAAACAGCACUUCUGGGCCAGAUGGCAGAAGGGAUAUCUGUCGUCUUGUCAACAAAGAAGCAAAUGGAAAUCGGACACCAAUACCAAAUUGCAAGUCGGUCAAUCAGUCAUGCUAAAAGACAAUGCCACAAUACCGUUAAAAUGGAAUCUUGCACGAAUUGUUGAAGUUCAUCCGGGCUCCGACGGAGUAGUGCGAACGGUUACUGUACGUAAUAAUAUGGGAGUUUACAAAGAUCUAUUGUCAAUGUUUGUCCGUUAA